GCACUACUCAGCAUCGAACCGGAUGCAUAUCUCGCGAUGAGCAGCUAUCGCUCUCGAAAGGAUCAAAUGCUAUUUCACCGGCUACCUCUUUCAAUCCGACGGUAGCACGGAGCUGUAUUGGAUCUCGCCUCAGUGCUGAGACCUCAGACCUCAACUAACCUAAAACCAGCAGUGAUCAUGUCCAGGGGACCUCUUUCCGCGGCCGAUGGACCGCUGGUCUGGAUUGAUUGCGAGAUAACCGGUCUGGACCACGAAAAGGAGAGAAUCAUCGAGAUCGCCGUCAUCAUCACCGAUGGGGAACUCAACCCCGUAGACGAUGGGAUCGAAUACGUCAUCAGGACGGACAAGGAAGUACUGGAUGCGAUGGGCGAAUGGUGCGUCAAGACUCAUGGGGAAUCUGGCUUGACACAGGCCUGCAUUGACUCUCCUCAUUCGUACGAACAGGUCGAAGGUUACGUCUACGAGUACAUCAAGCGCUGGGUCCCUGACGUCCGGGUCGGCGUUCUAGCCGGUAGCUCAGUCCAUGCGGACGCUAGGUUCCUUUCAAAAGGCAUGCCCAGGGUGAUGCGGCAUCUCCAUUACCGAAUCGUCGAUGUCAGCUCUAUAAAGGAACUCGCCAGACGAUGGUACCCUGAAUCCCUCGAGCGCGCCGAAGUAGUUCAUCAGCGAGGUCCUCGUUCCGCUCAUCGCGCUCUGGAUGACAUCCGUGCCUCCAUCGAGGAACUCAAGAUAUAUCGCCAGAGCGUGUUCUUGACCAAGGAAGAGUUUGCCGUCAGGAACCAGUCGGCUGCAGUAGAGCAUACUCAAGCUGUAACUUCGGAUUCGUUUGUGGGGACUUGCAUAGGCUACAUUGGGGGAAUGCUUUAUGACCCACGAAGGUAUCCCGUUUUCGUGGGGUUGUGGUUGGCAGGAGAGACGGUCUUGUCCUCGCUCGUAAUCCGAUUCGUCUCCUAUACCAACAUCGACUACCUGGCAUACACGCAACAGGCAACCUUGUUUCUUUCACCUAAUAACGAACGCACCUAUUCCAAACUGGUCGGAGAUACGGGUCCGCUCGUCUAUCCAGCACUACACCUUUACAUCUAUUCCUUCUUGCACAAGAUGUUCCCCCGGGCCAGCUUGGUCGAUGUGGCCGGCUUUGUUCCGGGAACGAACUCGACGCUCAACGCACUGGAAGGGGGCGCAGGCAAGGGCACAGGCAAGGGCGAGAUCGGAGGUCCAGGCGGCUUGUUUCCGUUACAGAUUAUCUGGUUGGGACUCUACAUCGCGACGCUUUUCCUCAUCGCCAUCAUCUCCGGCCAGGCGGAUAGCUACGUGCAGUCUCGCCGCGCGCCUUCAGCUCGAUGGAUCACUUCGCCUUGGGCUCUCGUUGACAGGUUAAUGAACGGACCUGCACCGUUACCCUUGUUACUGGGAGCGCUCUCCUUGAGCUUGAGGUUACACUCUAUCUAUGUGUUGAGGCUCUUCAAUGAUCCCAUUGCGAUGCUACCGCUUUAUUCAAGCGUAUGGCUGUUCACUAAGAAGAAGUGGAAGCUCGGCUCGAUCGUCUAUUCCCUCGCGCUGGGGGUCAAGAUGAACAUCCUGCUCUUCUUGCCGGGACUCUUGGUCCUUCUGUUCCAAUAUCAAGGAAUCGCUCACGGAGCGAUCUGUGGUGGUCUGAUCCUAGCGGUCCAGAUCGCUCUAGCAGCCCCAUUCUUGACCUCUCCGGAUCUUGCUAAGGACUAUUUUACCUCGGCAUUCGACCUGUCGCGAGCUUUCUUGUUCAAGUGGAGCGUCAAUUGGAACUUCGUCGGACAGGAGACGUUCGAUUCGGGUGGUUUCAAGCGGGUCUUGUUGUUAGGCCAUGUGACUACCUUGGUGCUAUUCGCUUGGUUCAAAUGGAGCGGGAAUGUAAAAGGUGGAACCGCGGCAGUCUUGAGGAGAGGGAUCUUGGGAUCGUGGUGGCACGCGCCCGUUUACCAGGGUCCGGAAAGCGCUUAUCAUAUCCCCCUUGUGCUGUUCACGUCGAACCUGAUCGGGAUCACCUUUGCGCGAUCGUUGCAUUACCAGUUCUUUAGCUGGUACGCGCAUCAGAUGCCGUUCUUGCUCUGGGCCCAGGGAUGUCCGAUCUGGAUGGUCAUGCUUGUUUGGAGCGGGAUAUGUAACGCCUGGAACGUGUUUCCGCCGAGCAAGUUGAUGUCGUUCUCGCUCUUUUGCGUUCACGUCGGGACCUUGAUAGGGGUCUGGAGGGGAGGCUACAGGGUUCUACAUAGGGCCUCAGUGGACACCAAGCAGUCGUAGAGGUUCUGGACGAUAGCAAGCGACCGUAUGUACAGGUAGGUAGAGAUAGAUGAGCGCAUUACCAUUUGUGGCGGAAGACGAGACGGAAUCUUUGCGCUUCGUUU